CAAAUCCCUAACUCACUCCGGCUCCCCCCCUCUCUCUCUCUCUCUUUGAACUCACGCCCGAGGUCUCCGCCUUUGCCUCCAGUCGUCGUCGCCGCCUUCGUCUCCCGCCUCCGGUCGUCGUCGUCGCUUCCUGAUCCACCUCCAGUCAUCAUCGCCGCUGCCUCAAGGUCUGGUUCUUCCACCUCCAGUCGCUGCUACCAUUAGUGGGAAGUAGGAGGAGAGUGGGCUAUUGAUAGUUCCUGUGCGUGUGUGUGGGUGCACACAAAGUUACGAUUAUCCUACCAUCUUGCCUUUCCUAUUGGAGGCCCAACUUUGUGAAACAUCUUUGUUAAGGUUGGGCUACUUUGGAUUGCUUUCAUUGUUUUAUGCGGUUUCUGGAUUACUUAUAUUUGGGUAAAUGUUUGUCUCAUGCUUAUUCUUCUGUUGCACAUGCAUUACAACCACUAAACAUCUUAAUAUGUUUCUAUGAUUCGCUUUCUGUUGAAAACAUCUUUGUUAAGCAUAAUUGCUCUUUUCAUUUCCUUUUAAUUUUCUGGAAUUGCUUGGGGUUUUUCACUUGCUAGCUAUUAAUUUGUGUUCCAGAAUCAUUGUUCUUGCCAGUGGUCACUUGCUUUGCUAGCUAUUAAUUUGGUUUUUCACUUGCUUUUAAUUAUGGUUUAAGAAAUUAUCAAAUCACCACUAAAAAUAUAAUUGAUCUUGUCUACCAAAAUCAAAUUUAUUCACCUAUUUAAUAUCUCUAACAAAAUCAAAUUUAUUUCAAUCUAAUCAUUGUCUUAUUUGCCAAAAAAAUAAUUGAUCUUGCAUUUUCAAUUGUUAUUUGUGCGAAUGAUCUAUCAUUAUGAACAUGUUGGUAAUUCUCUAUAAAAUGAAUUUUGUUGUGAUUUUAAACAAUCUUACAGGAGGUGUAGUCCGGUUAGAGGGGAGACUCUACUGGACUUUAAAAGGAAAUAAUAUUAAAUAAAGAAUAUAAUUAAUUAAAUAAUUUUCAGCAAUUUAGUUAGAUUUGCUAGAAGUUAGCCUUAGAUUCCCUUUCAGUGACUUCCUCGAUGGAGUGAGGAGGUCACUGAAUUGUCUAGUUGGACAGUCUGAAAAUUUGAUAUCGUGUUGUGUGCCCGACGAAUACGUAUUAAUUUACUCAUGCCUGAUACAAAAAUUCGGUAGCAUCUUAUGUUGUUCUUUGGUUGUAUAUAGGAAUAUGUUUUGAUUCAUGCGAUUGACUCAAAUUGAGUGUAACUUGUACGAAUCGACACAUAAUCCUUAUCGUACAUCUGGAGAACUGCGUUGAGAUGCUGCCAAAAUUUCGUACCGUGAGUAAAUGCGCCCGCUAAUGAUCAUAUCACAACUCAUUUUUGGAUGGGAUAGGUCCCAACCUUCAAAUUUUAAAGAGGAGUUAUAAUGAGUGGUUUGGUAGAAAAAAAUUAAAAAAACUCAAAUAAAAAAACUGUUGUAAUUAUCCUUGUAUAUAUGUGGCUAAGGGGCUAUUAUAUAUAUUAGCCAUAGGGGUUGAGAGUUUUGAUGUGUGCUAAGAAUUGAUGCGAAUCUAUUGCAGAUCAUGGAUGUACGUGAGCAACGAGUAUGGAUGUAUGACAGAGUGGCACCUAAUUGUCGAGGGAUAACAAAUGAGUUCAUAUGUGGAGUUGAGAGUUUCAUACAUUAUGUAUGUGCUCGGCCACAGUUCACAUGGGACGAUGAGACCUUAAGGUGUCCAUGUGUUAAGUGUCGAUGUAGAAAAUUUCUAAAUGUGGAUGAUGUGCAGUUGCAUCUUUAUCAGAAGGGAUUCACGGCCCAUUACUAUUACUGGACAUGCCAUGGGGAAGAGGAGCCUCCCAUGGAAUCCCAGGUCCGAACGAAUGCUGGUGCUUAUAAUGAAGCACAAGGGGUUUACGAGGAUAAUCCAAAUGCAUAUGAUGCAAUGGUGAUGAAUGGUGCAGGUCCUUCUGUUAGAGCCUAUACAUUGGAGAAUGAAGAAGAAGAGCCCAAUGUAGAUGCGCAAGACUUCUAUGAAAUGUUGGAUAAUGCAAGAACACCUAUAUAUGAUGGUUGCAUUACUCACACCGAAUUUUCUACAGCGGUGAGGAUGCUUAGCAUUAAGGCUGAUUUCAACUUACCUGAGCAAUGCUAUAAUGCUUGGGUGCAACUAAUAAAUGAGUUGAUGCCUGAAGACAACUGGAUGCCCAAGGACUUUUACAAGACAAAGAAGAUGGUUUCUAAACUGGGCCUUGGGUUCCAAAAGAUCUAUUGCUGUGUUAAUAUGUUGCUUUAUUUUAAGGAUGAUACUAAUGCAACAGAAUGCAAGUUUUGUCAUGCCCCAUGAUAUACAAGCCGUAAGGUAGGACCUGGGAGGCGAAAGGAUGUUCCCAUUAAACGGAUGUGGUAUUUACCUAUAACACCUAGGCUCCAAAGGCUUUACGCGUUGAAGACAAUAGCUGGGGAGAUGAGAUGGCACUAUGAAAACUCACGAGAGGCAAGUGUGUUGUCCCACCCAUCUAAUGGAGAAGCAUGGAAGCAUUUCGAUAAUGUACAUCCUGAUUUCGAUAAUGUACAUCCUAAUUUUGCUUGUGAACCACGCAAUGUCAGGCUUGGGCUGUGUGCUGAUGGCCUCACAUCGUAUGGUCAAUCUAGGAAAACCUAUUCAUGUUGGCCCGUGAUUGUCACUCCUUAUAAUCUUCCUUCAUGGAUGUGCAUGUGACAUGAGUAUUUGUUUCUUACAAUAAUCAUCCCUGGUCCUCACAAUCCGAAAUCCAAAAUAGAUGUGUUCCUACAACCUCUCAUAGACGAGUUGAAAAUGUUAUGGGAUAUUGGCCUGCCAACAUACGAUAUUUCACUAAAACAAAACUUUCAAAUGAGGGUUGCACUGAUGUGGACUAUUAACGACUUCCCAGCCUCUGGUAUGCUAUCAGGUUGGAUGACUGCGGGUAAAUUAGCAUGCCCGUAUUGCAUGGAGAAUUCAAAAGCAUUCACGCUGAAGCAUGGUUGGAAGACAUCAUUUUUUGAUUGUCAUCGAAUGUUUUUGCCCAUGAAUCACCCAUUUUAAAGGAACCGAGAUGCAUUUGUUAAGAAUAAGAUUGAGAAGGGUGGGCCUCCACCACGGUUGAGCGGUGAUGGCAUAUGGGGUCGAGUUUGGGCGUUGCCAGAUAUAACUGAAACAGGUCCAAUUCGCACGCAAGGCUACGGGACAUACUACAAUUGGACAAGGAAAAGUAUUUUUUAGGAGUAGCCAUAUUGGAAAACAAAUCUCAUUCACCACAAUUUGGAUGUAAUGCAUAUUGAGAAAAACAUAUUUGAUAAUGUUUUUAACAUUGUGAUGGAUGUCAAGGGCAAGACAAAGGACAACAUUAAGGCUAGGAUGGACAUAAAAGAGUAUUAUUGACGUAGGGAACUUGAGUUAGUAGCAUAAGGUAAUGGCAAGUACUUAAAGCCAAAGGCUCGGUAUGCUCUCAAUGUGGAACAAAGGAGAGUACUGUACGAAUAGGUACGUCAAUUAAAACUUCCUAAUAGAUAUGCAUUUGAUUUGGUUUGUUGUGUAGACAUGCAAGAAGCAAAGUUGUAUGGCAUGAAAAACCAUGAUUGUCAUGUUUUCAUGGAACGCCUCCUCCCAAUUGCACUAAGAGCACUCCCAGACCCUAUAUGGAAGUCUCUAGCAGAGUUGAGUCAAUUUUUUAGGGAAUUGUGUUCUUCAAAUCUUAGGGUCGAUAAGCUAGAAAUAAUAGAGGAAAAUAUUAAGGUAACCAUUUGCAAAUUGGAGCAAAUUUUCCCACAAGGUUCUUUAACUCAAUGGAGCACUUGCUUAUACAUCUAGCUUAUGAGGCACGUGUUGGCGGCCCAGUGCACUAUUGUUGGAUGUAUCCAUUUGAGAGGUAAUUAGAAUGGAAACAUUACACAAUAUCCUUUGUUAUGUGACUUAGAAACUUGAGUUAAUAUAUUUUUGUUUACCCCAUAGGUUUUUGCACACAUUGAAGCGUAAAGUUAAAAAUAAGGCACAUGUGGAGGGCUCCAUUUGCGAGGCAUACAUCAUAGAAGAAACCUCCACUUUUUGUUCGCAUUAUUUUGGACCUGAUGUACAAUCAAGAAUCAUACGAGGUCCACGAAAUGAUUAUGGUGUUGACCUAUCGCCAGAUCAUUCAACUUUUUCCAUCUUCAAUCAUUCUGGUCGACCAUCAGGUGUAUACAAAGAUUGAUUAUUGGAUGAUCGAGAAAUAGACUGUGCCACAUUAUAUAUUCUUCUAAACUAUGAUGAGGUCCAACCAUACAUUAAGUAAUCACUCAUAUCCUCGGUAUUACCAACUUUAGGUUUCUCAUUUGCAUAUAUGAUUAACAUGGCCUAUAUAAACGUAGUUUAUUUGUGGAUUCUAUUAAAGCGGAUGCACCACACAUGGCUGAAAUUGAUGUAGAUAAGAGGAUAUAGGUUGAUUUUCUGAAAUGGUUUAAGGAACACGUAAGUAUAUCUUAAAUUACUGAACUUAUUAUCGUGACAAAUAUAUGCCAUGUAUUUCAUAUGCACAGGUGCAUGAUCCAACUAAUGAGAUUAGUGAUUAACAAAUACGUGACAUGUCAUGGGGGACCUUGAGAAUGGUGCGCACAUGGCCUAUGUACAUCAUCAAUGGGUAUAAGUUUCACACAGAUUCAUGGAGUCAAGGCAAGCCAACAAGAAACAACGAAGUUUGCAUUAGAGGGUCAGUAUAUGGGCAACCUGAAGAUGACUAUUAUGGUAUACUUCAAGAGGUAAUCCAAUUGGAAUACUCGGGAUUACCAAUCAAACAAGUGGUGCUAUUUAAUUGCAUAUGGUUCGACCCGACCCCUAGACGUGGGACUCGAAUACAUGAUCAAUAUGGAAUAGUUGAGGUCUGAGCUAACAGAAGGUACAAUUGGUAUGAUCCUUUUAUACUUGCCUCUCAAGCGCAUCAGGUUUAUUAUGCUCUGUAUCUAUCUUGACAACGAAAUUUGGUAGACUGGUGGGUGGUCAUUCGAGCUAAGGCUAGGAGCACAGUUCAUGUCCCAACUAUUGAGAGACCAAGAGAUGCAUAUCAGGCAGAUGAGGAAAUGCCAAUGCAGUCGACUGCAGUUGGAGAUGAACAACUCGACACCCUUAGAGAUGAAGUUGGUGAAUUUGAAUGGGUGGAUGAGUACUCAUUUGAUUAAAACCUUGUUGCAGCUGAUGAGGAGCUACACGUUGAAGAAGUCGAAGAUGAGGACGAAGAGGAGUAUGAAGAUGAGUAGUCAGACGACAUGGAAUAGCUACAUAGGUGAUAGUGAACAAUUGGAAUCUUAUCCUUACAUUUAAUCUAUUAGUUCAAAAGCACAAUUUGAAACACGAGUUCAUGAAUAUAACAUAAACCAUUGUUCUAUAUGAUAAAUCAUAUUUUAUUUCAAAAGUAUUUAAAAGUUGCUAUCACAAUCGGUAUGAUCCUUUUAUAGAUUAGAAAGUUUGCUUGCGUCAUCCUUCAGGCGAGCUGAAGAACUUGCAAUAUUGUCCAGUGUUCUAAAAAUCGGCCUAGGCGCCGGUGAGGCUCUAGGCGGCCCCUGGCCGCCACGAAUAUGGCCUAGGCUGCCCCUCUAGGAGCCGGCCCGAUUAAUCGGGCAGCGACGGAGCCUAGGCAGCCCAAGCCAUGCCUAGCUGCCUAGGAUGCCUAAUUUUUGUGUUUAAAUUUUAUCUUUCGUCGAUUUCGAAGCCUCUCUUACUCCUCUCAACCGUCGCCCUCUCAUACUUCUCUCACCCCAAGGCCCGCCGCUGCCUCAACGCCGCUGGUACCUCCUCGCUGUCUCGAGCUCCAUCGCGACCUCCUCACUACCUCUGCACCGUAAAGCUCCAUCCUUGCUCCGCGUCCUCGUUGCGUUAACGCCACCGCUGUUGUUGUCAAGCUCCAUCUUUACUUCUGCUUCCGACCCCCCAUCUUUCUCGCUCGCGCGCACUGGCGCUGUUGGAUCUCUCUCUCUCUCUCGCGCGCGCGCUGUUAGGGUUAAUAUAGGGUUUAUUAUGUUAUUUAAUUUUUUUUGUUUAUAGGUUAGAUAUAUAUAUUUUUCUAUUUCUAUUUAUAUGUAGUUAUAUAUAUAUUUUUCUAUUUAUAUAUAUUAAAUAUAUAUAUUUUUAUUUAUACGUUAGAUAUAUAUCUAAUAUAUAUAUAUUAGAUAUAUAUUUUUUCAUGUCACUUUUAACUAUGAUUUAAUUAAAAAUAACAUUAAGUUACAUCAUAAAAUUGAAAAAUAUAAAAAAAAUUAACAGUUUUUCUAAGCCCGCCUAGGCGCCCUAGGCACUAGGCCCCAGCCUGACGCCCGACUAACGCCUAGCACCUAACGCGUUUUAGAACACUGAUAUUGUCUCUAACUUUUGGCUUUCGAUCUUUAGUCUUGAAUGGACAGAAGUGAGUUACCUUGUUGACUUCUUUGAGCGUUCUUAAUACAAUUAAUCAUGGCAGCAUUUGCAUGUUUGGGUACAUAGUAUGUUAGAUUCCCCCAUAUCCUCCACCUUGAUCCACAUGCAUUGCACAAAAUUGGCUUGUCAGGUGGUCCAUUCCUCCACAUUGGUGUGUCUGUUUAAUAUGUGAAUCUAUUAGCAUUCAAAACAAAAAACCCAACUACUUGUUCACCUACAUAGAUUGAUCGCUUAUAUUGCUCUCAUUGAGGCUAGGAUGCUACAUGAAUUUGUAGAAAUGUUAUAAUAUAUACUGAAUACCUGAAUGACCAAGUCCUUUACAUUUUUAAUAUACAUGAGAACGUUUAAUUCUAUGUGAACAUGAAUGACAAUAAAUUAAUUCUACAACACAUCACUGACCCAUCAAGAAAAUAAUGAAGUAAAAUCGAUUUCCAGGGUAACUAUGGUAAUUUCUGAGGCUGGAAUGGCCUGAUGGAGAGGGCAAUACUAAGUUGUUGAACUCAAUAUGUCUUGACCUCGUUUACAAACACAAACAUUAGCAUGCAAGAAAUGAUAGAAAUGCAUCUUUUAAAGCCUUAGCAUCUAAGGAUGUCAAUAAAUUCAAAACAGAACUGUAAUUGCAAUUAGCUUAAUUGAACGCCUUUUGGCUUAGUUAGGCAUCAAGGUAACUUUGGAAUUAAUAAUGUCUUUGAUAUGUAAAAAAUAUGUUGUUUUCUAUGAAAUAUGGACAUGUAUGUUUCCAUUAUGUCUGUACAUGGAUUGCAGUCCAUGUUGUGCUCUUUGUAACCCAUCACUUACUUGGAAACAUUCAUGCAUUAGGAAAUCAGAUUUAGUUAUCACAAGAAAUAAACAUUAUUUAGUCUAAUGCCAGCUUUUCUCUUGAAGUAUCACAAGCUAGAGUUCCUAGCUAGCAUGCUUUUCUGGAUAUUUAGAAGGUUAUCAGGUUAGUAGUGUCCUUGCAGGAUAUGACAUUAGGCAUUGAGUUGGGAUGGGAUUGCCAGAGAUGAAAAGGGAGAGGGUAGUGGCAACAAAGAGAGGGUCUAAGUUUUUCCCAAGGGCCUCGUCUCUAUCUCUCUAAAGACACGUGGCCUCUUCUUUUGAUAUGGGACUCUGUUGGUAGAAAUUAGCUGAUAACUGAGGUGGUAAGAAGCAUGCCAGACCGGUCCUACAUUUGAUGUAGGACGAGUCUGGUUUUCUGAGAAUACUAACUGGUUGGAGGCUUACUUAGUGUUAGAAGGCUACAGAAAACUGUUGAAAAGGCUAGGGUUAUGUAAUGGGUUGAUAAGCAAUUUAGAGGUAAAAUAUGGCUGAAAGGAUGAAAUUUGGGGUCUGAAAUAAGGUCUGGAAGUAGGGUUUACGAAAAUAAGAAUAUAAAAGUGAAAGUAGGAAAAAGUGAGAAAUAUUUUCUAAGCAUCUCACAUAGGUUUCCAUAGACAUCACAUUGAGGGUUAAAAUUGCAUCAUGCACUUCAAUAAAGCAUACAAUGCUUAGAGAAAACUGCAAUAAUUGUUCCAUUCACUAAUUAAAAAAAGAGAGAUUAAAAUGGCGUUUGUAGGGUUCUAGUUAUGCCAUUCCAAUUAGCAUAUGAAAAUUCUUUUCCCAUUAGGAAACUAAUAAAACUGAUAGCAAUACUCUAAGGAAAUACCAUAAAUAAAACCUAAACACUAUAAAUAGAGUUAACGAAAGACUUUAGGAACCAUUAUGCCGAAUAACAAAAUUGCCCAAUGUAUAAAACAUAAAAAAUUGAAAUUUAACAAAGCUUCUAGGAGGGGUCUUCUUUAGAAACAUCUCAAAUCAUUGCUAGGGCCUUAGAACUGGUUUUAAGAUGCUUCUUAUGUGUCUUUAGAGGCUGCUGUGAAGUCCUCCACCAACAUUAUAGUAAAGGCACCUUUAGCUCUAUUAUUACCUAUUUAAACUUGAUUCCUAGAGGAUGAGACCAUAGAGGUGUGCAUUAUUGUCCAUAUGCCACCUCAAGAGGCUGCACAUGGAGUCGCUUUUGAUGGUUAUUCACAAAUCAUGACGUGGAGGUGCGAGGUGUGUCAUUGGGUAGAAUUGAUAUGCACACUAACAAUUUCUUUAAUCAUAUUUAUAUGGAAAAAAGAUAGGAACUUCAAGUGGCUGGGCUAUCUUUACCAAGUAGACUUUCAUCAUGCAACAAAAGAGUGAUAUGGAAGAAUGGAAUUGAUGUUCAAACUAGUUAAAUGGAAGAGUGGAACUGUUAAAUAAGAUUUAAACCAAGAGAUAGUACAAGAUUAAGCUAACAUAUACUUGCAAAUCCUGGAAACUGAUGAAUCAUGAAAAUAAAAUAUUAAACUAACUGAUGAAUUAUAUUUUAUUGUGAAAGUAUUUAAAAGUUGUCAUCACAUGCCUACUAACUGUUGUUUGCCUUAUAUGACAAGAUAUGUCACAAAGAACACCAUAUGGUCAAGGUAUGUGACGUCGUCAGUUUAGAGAGAGUGCUAGCGAGGACCACAUUGAGGGGACAUUCAUCUCCUUCUGAUGUGAGAUUUGAUUCCCUUAGCCCACAUACACCCAGUCCUACAUUGAUGGUCCUUCUUCCACGCCUGCUGAGGUUGAGGGUUUAUCAACGCCCACUGCUACCCCUUAAAACCGUACCAUGAUAAGUCCCUUAUGUUCCUCAUUUGAUAACAUUUGGUGCAAACGAGAUAUAACACGAAUAAUCCAAAGUAAGUUUGAGAAGCCAUCCCCAAGUUGGAAAAAAACAGAUCCUGUUGCCAGGGAUAUGUGGUUUGGCGAGUUUAAGAAGUGAUUUCGGGUGGACCGACUCGGCAUCCUACACUUGGAGGAUUAUACGGCGGGAAAUCUAACGGUGAAAUAAGAUUUCAUCAAAGAGGUUGACUACCAAACACACCAACAUGAUGCAUCAUCACAAUCAUCAGCAGUUGGCUCGACAAAAGAUAGUGACGCUGUUGGACAGCUCUCGCAGCCAGCUUUUGAUGAGACAUUAUUAUGGUUGGAAAAAGAAUGAUCGUGUAUGAGAUGGGUCAAAAGCACAUGUUAUCCCUGGUUUCUAUCAUAUUUUGUCACCAUCGUCACCGCCUCCACAGUCGUCAUUGAUCUCACUUAUAACCCAAAUUCAACAAGCUGUUAGCGUAGUUAUACAAUCAUUUCACCAUCGCUUGUCAGCCAUAGAAGAAAAAUUGCAUAACUCUUUUUCAUCUCCGUUGCAAUGUAAUAUCUAUUCAUGGCAAUGACGGAUCCUCCUAAUGAUCCGAAUGAUUUGAGGGCAACGGAGAUGAAAAAUGGUUAUGUAAUCUUUCUUCUAUGGCUGACAAACGAUGGUGAAAUAGUUGUAUAACUGCGCUAACAGCUUGUUGAAUUUGGUCUACAAGUGAGAUCGAUGACAACUGUGGUGGUAAUGGUGACAACAUAUGAUAGGAACCAAGGAUAACAUGUGUUUCUGACCUCAUUCCAUGCACACACACUUUUUUUUUCUUGUCUAUAACUUCUAAUCAUAAUAAUGUAAAUUGGCUCUUAGGGCACACUUUUUUUUUCUUGUCUAUAACUUCUAAUCAUAGUAAUGUAACUUGGCUCUUAGGGUUAUCCAGCAGCGUCACUAUCUUCUGGGCCCACCUUUUCUCUACCCACGUGCAACCUCCACCCCUGUAUACUUUUUGUUAGUUAUAAUAAGGGUGUACAAUUUUAUCAUUCACUAAAGAUAAUUUGAUAUAUAUAUAUAUAUAUAUAUUUUAAUAAAAAAAACAUGAAAGGAGGUGCCCUGGGCCUAUAUAUAUAUAUAUUUUAAUAAAAAAAACAUGAAAGGAGGUGCCCUGGGCUUGGGUCACGUCAUUAUGUAAUUACCUUGGUGAACUUGGAUGCUAGUCACCUCUUGGGAGCUUCUAUACUAUUAAACUUUGGAUUAUAUAUUUAUCAAAAAAAUAAGAAAAACUUUGGAUUAUACACGUUUUCUUUUGAAAAUUUUCUUUUUUAACGUAACAGGGUAGAAACUAGAAGGUUAAUUAAGUUAAAAGUUAAUUACGAAUUUGCUUAGUAACAUAUCUUAUUAAAAUCUUCUUAUUAGAUUUCACUUAAAUUUGUGAAUAUUUAUUUUUUAUAUUUUACUUUCAUCUUUUUUUUUUAUCUGGUGGGUACCAUACUAUCUAUAGAUUCGGUGAUUCAACUUAUAUUCAAAAUUAAAAAAAAAAAAAAAGAAAACUCAACAAAAAUAUAUACGAUUAAUGAUGUGUAAUUAUGAUAUAUUAUUGAUAUAUGGAUAAGUCUUUUGCAAUAGUUCUAAGGUAGGCCGUGGAACCCUAAUUAAUUAGCUCCCAGUUCAAAUCUUGUGAUAAGUAAAAUUAUUUUAAAAAAGUUUAACCGAAUCCAUUUGAUUUGUACUGAUUUGCUAUAAUUUUGGUCAUUUGUAAUUUAACAAUUCAAUUGUUUGUAUUCUGUGGGGUGAUCGAUGAUCUAAUUAAUUAUAUAAUAUUCUUCAUUUUGAGAAUAGUUUAAAGGAUAGGCAUGGUUGGCAAACUUGGCAUAGAGAUUGUAAUUAAUUACAACUUAGAAUUAAGCCCGUGUUUGUGUUGGCAUGGUUGAAAGGGAUGUUAAUUAAAAUUAAUUACUUUGUUCUAAACGAAGAAUUGAUUGCCUCAGAAUUGAGGGUUCUCUGUCCCGAUUCCCCCCAUAGUGUUUGUUUUCUACCUGGAUUUUCUCGCCCGUAUAUGUUUAUUAUAUAUAUAUUGGAUCAUUAAUCACUAGGGUAAACAGUGUAAUUAAAUUAUAAUACUCAGAUUCACCCUCUCUUCCAGCAGGUUGGAACAGUGACUUGUAAUUGACGUUUACCUGCUUGUUCAAUUCUCAUAUAUAUAUAUAUGCUCUUUGUUUCACAAUUGGAUACCUUCCAGCUGGUUAUGGAAAAUUAAUGAAAAUGACUUAAUAGUAAUUAACAUUAAUUAAUGAUUAAUUACCCCUCCCUAUAAAUUCAUUCCCCGAAACUCACAGAUCAGUACGUACGUGCUAAUUAAGACAUAACAUUAAUGGCAAAAAUCUGCCUCCACCUACUUCUUCUUCUUCUUCUUCCCCACCUUCAUCUUCUAUCUCUGGUGAAGGCAGAUGUGGCGGCUAUUUUCAUAUUUGGAGAUUCAACGAUGGACGUUGGGACCAACACUUACUUGAAUGGGAGUGUCGUUCGAGCCGACAGGCCCUUCAAUGGGAUCGAUUUCCCUUUCUCUGAACCCACCGGAAGGUUCAGCAAUGGCUAUAACACUGCCGACUUGCUCGUGAGACUACUGAGUGAAAAUUACAAGAGAAGUCCACCACCUUUUCUCUCUCUUCUCCGUCACAAUUCUACCUUCAAGAGAAAGUUGCUGCUGGGCGCCAACUUUGCUUCAGGGGGAUCCGGGAUUCUCAAUACAACUGGGAAAGUAUUUGUAGAAGUUGUCUCAUUAGGAGACCAAAUCCAACAAUUUUCAACAGCGGUGGCGAACAUCACGGAGUUACUGGGACAAGACAAAGCAGCUGCUCUCAUCAGCUCAAACUCCUUGUACAUCAUUAGCGUAGGCAGCAAUGACAUCUUUGAGUAUCAACGCAAUGCCAGCAACGUGUCCAAUGAAGCCUUCCUAUCCACUCUCCAUGAUGAAUACCUCAGCCAUUUGAAGAAUCUGUACAACCUGGGAGCCAGAAAGUUUGGAAUCAUAAGUGCUCCCGCGAUAGGAUGCUGCCCUUACGAACGAUAUCUCAAUCAAUUGUACAACAAUGGAAGUGGGGGUUGCUAUGAUGAAAUGAACGACUUGGCUCAGUCCUUUUAUAAUUUAACUGAGAUCAUCUUGCAAGAAUUCAGCUCGCAGUGCAGUGGAGUGGUAUACUCCCUUGGCAACGCGUAUCAGGCCACCAUGGAUGCCAUCAACAACCCAUUACCCUUUGGUCUGAAGGAUGUCCAAACGCCGUGUUGCACAAGUGGAACGUUCACUGAUUUGGGGUUGUGUACACAGUCAGAUAACCUUUGCCGAAAUCGGGAAGACUACUUGUUCUGGGACUGGUAUCAUCCCACCCAGCAUGCCUCUCAGCUGGCGGCUCUCACCCUCUAUGGCGCAGCACCACCGUUUGUGACGCCGGUGAAUUUUAGUCAACUGGUUCUGUAAUAUACGAAAGCCUCAAAACUUGUCUUGUAGCUCAUUGAGCUUAAUUAAUUGUGCUAAGGCCAUUGCUUUUAUAGGAAUUUAAUCGUCAAAGACCUCCGAUGCAAUAAUGAUUGGUCUAGAAGCACUGAAGUUUGGCUUUAUCUUCAACUUGAAAAGUGUUGGGUGAUCUUGAUUAAUAAGAAAACUUUCA